GAGCAAGCUCUUUGGUGAGGGGGGGGAGUAGAAAAUUCAAGAGAGUCUGCUUAAACCACAAACCAGAGACAGAAGUGAAAGCUUCUGAGGAGACGAGAGAGUUGGGUAGAAGCCCUGAGAGAGAGAAGACCUGUGGAGGAAGGAGACAGGCUGAAAAAUUGAGUGGACUGGUAACUCUCAGGGGGCUGUUUGAUCAAGCCGUUUCACCUGUGGCAACAUGGGAGCAGUAGUGGGCACUUUGACCAUGCAAACCAAACAGAGGAGACCAUCAAGAGAUAAUGCCGAUGAUGAGCUUGAGAUGACAACGGUGUGUCACAGGCCAGAGGGUCUUGAGCAAUUGGAAGCCCAAACUAACUUCACCAAGCAGGAGCUGCAGAUUCUCUAUCGUGGCUUCAAGAAUGAAUGCCCCAGCGGAGUCGUAAAUGAGGAGACUUUCAAGCACAUUUAUGCACAGUUUUUCCCUCAUGGAGGUAAAAAGUUGCUGUUUUCUGUUUUUUGUCCUGCUUUUAAUGUACUGGGGGCUUUAUGCAUUGACAUUGUUGUUGUUGCAGAUGCAAGCAUGUACGCACAUUAUCUUUUCAACGCUUUCGACACGACAAACAAUGGAUCCAUUAAGUUUAAGGACUUUGUGAUGGGGCUAUCCAUUCUACUGAGGGGAACCCUGAGGGAAAAGCUGGAGUGGACGUUUCAUCUUUACGACAUCAACAGAGAUGGAUACAUAAACAGGGAGGAAAUGACAGAGAUUGUAAGGGCCAUUUAUGACAUGAUGGGCAAGUACACCUAUCCAGCGCUAAAGGGAGACGUCCCACAGCAGCAUGUGGAUGCCUUUUUUCAGAAAAUGGAUAAGAACAAAGACGGAGUGGUGACCUUGGAGGAGUUUAUCUUGGCCUGUCAAGAGGAUGAAAACAUGAUGAGAUCCAUGCAGCUGUUUGAAAACGUCAUGUAGAACGAGUCGAAAUGAAGUUGAAAGAAACAAGGCAAAUCAGAGGGCUUUGUGUGAAUGUGUGUGUAUGUGUGUAUGUGGGUGCACAUGUGCAGCCCAAUCCUGCCUCUCCUACCGUUCCUGCUCCCACCAGCUGAGCUCUGGAUACAGCCAGAGCUUCCUGUGAUGACACUAAUGAAGGGACUGGAGUCAAAUAGCCCCAGCCUUCCCGCAGAGUUUGGCCACACAGAAAAGUGAUUAAUGUGACAGGGCUUGAGCUCUGUCACAAAGAUUGGUCUUUUAUAGAUGAAGAUGCUCCAACAUUUCAAGGAUGCCAAUGACCUUUGAGGAAAAAAUGCCUUCCAGAGGUGGA